GCUGGGGGUGGAGCCUGGAGAGCUUGGAGCCCUCAUAAGACCUGAUAGCAAGGAGGGGGCACAUUUCAGGGACACCAUGAAGGGUGGCUUCACUGGGGGUGAUGAGUACCAGAAGCACUUCCUGCCCAGGGACUACUUGGCUACUUACUACAGCUUCGAUGGCAGCCCCUCACCCGAGGCCGAGAUGCUGAAGUUUAACUUGGAAUGUCUCCACAAGACCUUCGGCCCUGGAGGCCUCCAAGGGGACACGCUGAUUGACAUUGGCUCAGGUCCUACCAUCUACCAAGUUCUCGCUGCCUGUGAUUCCUUCCAAGACAUCACUCUCUCCGACUUUACCGACCGCAACCGGGAGGAGCUGGAAAAGUGGCUGAAGAAGGAGCCGGGGGCCUAUGACUGGACCCCAGCGGUGAAAUUCGCCUGUGAGCUGGAAGGAAACAGCGGCCGAUGGGAGGAGAAGGAGGAGAAGCUGCGGGCAGCGGUGAAGCGGGUGCUCAAGUGCGAUGUCCACCUGGGCAACCCGCUGGCCCCGGCUGUGUUGCCUCCCGCCGACUGUGUGCUCACCCUGCUGGCCAUGGAGUGUGCCUGCUGUAGCCUUGAUGCCUACCGCGCUGCCCUGUGCAACCUUGCCUCACUGCUCAAGCCGGGUGGCCACCUGGUGACCACUGUCACGCUUCGGCUCUCGUCCUACAUGGUGGGGAAGCGUGAAUUUUCCUGCGUGGCCCUGGAGAAGGAGGAGGUGGAGCAGGCUGUCCUGGAUGCUGGCUUUGACAUUGAACAGCUCCUACACAGUCCCCAGAGCUACUCUGUCACCAAUGCUGCCAACAAUGGGGUCUGCUUCAUUGUGGCUCGCAAGAAGCCUGGGCCCUGAGCCAGGAGGGCCAGCCAGAGGUCUGGUCAGGCUGUGAGGCCUUGGCCAUCUGUAUGCUAGAGAGGGGUGAGGAAUGGAUACUGUCUAACAGUCUCUGAUUUCAACACUAACAUUCCAUCUUCUGAAAUUCUGAGAUUCUAACAUCCUUGUUUUAGAAUUCUAAGUUUCCAACAUUCCUCAUUCUAGGAUCCUAGGAGUGGAAUUUUCCAUUUUCUAAUAUACUAAGCCUUACAGCUAUCUUAGAUGCGAUCUGACUCCUGUGUGACUGUGGAGCACCCAGGGACGUGGUUUCAGAGUCUACCUAAUAUGUUAAGGACAAGGAAACCUCUGAGUCUACCUAAUAUGUUAAGGACAAGGAAACCUCUGGACAGUGGUACAUUGGGGAAUUUUUUUCUUUUUUUUUUUUUUUUGAGACGGAGUCUGGCUCUGUCACCCAGGCUAGAGUGCAAUGGCACGAUCUCGGCUCACUGCAAGCUCUGCGUCCUGGGUUGACGCCAUUCUCCUGCCUCAGCCUCCUGAGUAGCUGGGACUACAGGAGCUCGCCACCACGCCCGGCUAAUUUUUUUAUGUUUUUAGUAGAGAUGGGGUUUCACCGUGUUAGCCAGGAUGGUCUUGAUCUCCUGACCUGGUGAUCCACCCACCUUGGCCUCCCAAAGUGCUGGGAUUACAGGCGUGAGCCACCGCACCCGGCCAGGGGGAAUGUUCUAUAACCAGCUCUGUAAAGGAAAAGCACUGAUGUGUGGUAGUCACCAAUUUCUGUGGUGUAAAUACUCCCACCAUGGUUGAUUUCAAGCCACCGGUGGUUUAAUAACCAGCUCAUAAAUCUCCUAAAUAUUUUACAGUUGACUCUCAUGAGCUGAUUGGAGUCAGCUGGAACAUACCACUGCCUCUAGACUAAGGUCAGCAGAUUUAGCAAAUACAGACUGCCCCAGUUCAUUGAAUUUUAGAUAAAUGAAAUAAAUCUAUAAGGUUAAGUAUGUCCCCAGAACUGCAUGGAACAUGCUUAAUCUAAACAAUGAUUUGUUGUUCACCUGAAAUUCAAAUUUAGCUGGGUGUCCUGUAUUUCAUCUGGCAACCCUACUUCAGACCCAAGUGUAAGGUACAUGGAUGUGCUUUGGUCAAGGAAUAGGCCAAGGCAGAGAUCCAUGCCUGCAUGACUCAGUGGGUUUGGUGCACAGGCACACACCUCCACUUGUUAUAUAACCUAUUUGUGUAAGUUCAUACUUGGUCUGAGCCACUGUUGUCUGUAAAAGGUAAUUGUCCUGCUAAUGCUGUACAGGGGCUCUUGGGGUUCAGCUCAGCUCAACAUGGCUUGACAUGGUGGGCGCGCUGGCGCCCAGUAAGAGAGAGAGAGAGCCAAAGCUGUCCGUUUUGCAGAUGGACAGGAGGGAGCCAGGACACAGCUCAGCUUGCUCACGCCCAGAGAGAGAAAAAGUUAAGCUGCUGACCCUGAAGGCAAGGGAGAGCAGGCUGCACAGCUGUGUGUGGAAGCCACGGGCUCAAGCAGCCAAGGCAGGGCGGACAGUGUGAGAGAGCUAGUGUAAGCUGUUGAUGAGAGCUGUUGCUGAAUAAAACCAUAUUCACCUGCC